UAAGAGGUUGUGAUGUGGAUCAUAGUGGGCACUACUUGAUCAAAAGGAAGGAAACAAAUAGGAAUCAGAUCAUUCAUAAGACUAGUGAGAGAUUCAGCUGAAAGAAAGAGAGGUGAUCAGGUGAUAGUACUGCAGGGAAGUUGGUGAGCUCGAAGCUAGACUCGAAUUCGGCGGUGGUGCUCCAUCUAAACUCACCGUGCACAAGUGCUAUCUAUGCUUAUUACGGUGUGUAAGCGUUUGGCUGAUUUUCAAAUACCUUUGAUAGGUUCCACUCUUAACCGUAGCGGUUACGGUGUUACGUGUUAGCAUUUGGCGGUUGCGUCAGCUGUUAACAAAAUUUCUUACAACCUCUUUGCUUGGUUGGGAGGUGGUUUCAAGCGUUGUGUGACGCUGCGUACAACCCGUGCCUUGGUGUGGUAAGUGUCCGGAACCCUCCCUAUUGGUCAUCGAGAGCUUCAAAGAUAGUGACGGUUACAAGUUCGGUGGAGUUAAUUGGUAGUUAGCUACUCUGGAGACGACCGAGAAAUUCCGGCAUCUGAGGCAACAAAGAGAACCUCACUUUUUCGGGAUUCUGGUUGAUGGUUGAGAACAGUAACCAAUUCUAAGGAAUUUCGAAAACGGACUAGCGGAAUGUGCCAGGUUUAGUGGGCGGACGAAGCUAGUUUUGUAAUAGUUUGACUUUGAAAAUUUUGUUCAAAAAUUCCCAAUUUUCGGGUUGAAUUAAUAUAUAUUAUUAAAAAAAAUGUUUCACUUCGAACUAAAUGCUGAUUGGUUCACUGGCAAACGUUUUGGGAGUUUGGUUUGCUGACAGCUCGUUAUCAAAUACUACUAGUACUAACAGCUUUGAUUGGUAAAACAAUUUUAAAAAAAAUUUGGUAAAAAUUAUUAAACAUAUAAAAAAUAUUUAUAAAAUGUUAAUUAUAAAUAUAUUAUUUUAAUCUUAUUUUUUAAAAUUAAUUAAUAUAUAAUUAAAAUAAAUAUUUUUAAUAUAACUAAUACUACCCGCAGUUCUGGCGGGUUUUAGCAGGACAGAUGCGUCUUUUAGACUUUUUGUUUACGGGUCAAAUGAGUUAUUUUUCUGAAUAAAAAAUGAUUUGAUCCGUCGCUGGAUGGGCGGAUCAACUCGCAAACCCAACACUAUAUCUGGACCAAUAUUAAUAUGAUGGUAUGAUUUUGAUGAAUCCAAUCCAAUCUGCUGGUCAAAUGUGUAAUAUUUGAAUAUGGGAAAAUCCAUAUAGCUUGAUAUUUGUAAAAAAGAAACAAGACAAAUCUAGUAUAUAUCUCUAAUAUAUAUUUGAAUUAAAGAAAAUUAAGAAUUACCUUUUUUACAUUUAAUAGUUACUCACUCUAAUAGUAAUAUCUAUAUUUUCCCUUCAUUUCCAUUUUAUAUACGUAUAUUUUUUUAAUUAGCAUUGCACCAUCUUGUCCAUAUAAAUGCGCACAUACUUGUGAAUUAACAAAAAAAACAGCAUUGUUACGGAAGCAAAUCUACUUCUCCUUUGUGAAGAACAAAAUGGAUUAUGAUGGUGCUGGAAACCAAGACAACGAACACUAUACGUCAGUAAACGCCAUGUCAAAAGAGAAGAGGAUUUGUCAUCGUCACAGUCCUCAACAGAUCCAGAUGCUAGAAGCGUAUUUCAAAGAAUGUCCUCAUCCAAACGAAUCACAGAGACAAAAGUUCUGCAAUGAGUUGAACCUUGGGAUAGACCAAGUCAAAUUUUGGUUUCAGAACAAAAGAACUCAAAGCAAAGCUCAAGAUGAGAGAACUUCAAACAUAUUGCUUCGUGCAGAAAAUGAAAAGCUCCAAUGUGAAAAUGCUGCGAUGUUAGAGGCUUUAAAGAAUGUGACUUGCCCACCUUGUGGCGGUCCUCCAUUCGGCGGAGAGGAACGCGAACCUAAUCUCCAUAAGCUGCGUCUAGAGGGUGACAGCUUGGUGGCAGCCAAGAACAAGUAUCGACAAACCAUGUUGGACUCACUCACUUCUGUUCAAAGACAGCAAACUUUUGAAGCUCUCACCUCAUACGGAACGAAUCCAUACAAUCCCUUCGAGCAACCUAGCUCAUCAGAAUCUCAAACCAUCCAACCACAACUACUAUCCCAAAUGGAUAUACCGCAGCUGUCUGAAACUGCGGCAAUUGCGGUUGAAGAGCUUAAGCAGCUAUUUCUUACCGAUGAAGCUCUUUGGGUUAUGUCGUCUAUCGAAGGAACAUAUGUGAUUGAUCAAGAGAGCUAUGAGAAGUUCUCGCACUCAAUCAAACAUUUCAGGAACUUGAGUGCUCGUGUCGAGUCUUCUAAAGAUGUCACGGUGGUUCCUAUUGAGGCAACAAGCUUGAUCGAUAUGUUCUUAGAUUUGGAGAAAUGGAAAAUGCUUUUUCCAACGAUCGUGAACAAGGCCGAGAUGAUUCAUACGCUCGGAUCCGAGCUUCCAAUAAAAGAAAACUGCAAUGUCUUGCAAAUGAUAUGGGAGCAACUACACAUAUUGUCGCCACUAGUGCCACCAAGGGAGUUUAUGAUCGUAAGAUGCUGCCAACAGAUCGGUGAAGGGCUCUGGAUUAUUGCUGAUGUGUCACAACACAUCGUUAACUCUGACCAAGUCAGUCCGUCUUGUUAUAAACGUCCUUCUGGUUGUCUCAUCCGAUCCUUGCCCAAUGCUCACACCGAGGUGUCUAUCGCCUCAAACGAUCUCAACAUGUCUAUAAAUCCGUACAAAUGUAUACAUUAUAUUAUCUUAUUUGAUGUUACUGAAAUAUUUCAGGUAAGUUGGAUAGAGCAUGUGGAAGUGGACCAUACAGCCGAUACACAUAGGAUGUAUCGAGAGCUUGUAAGUGGCGGUUCGGGCUAUGGAGCUAGGCGUUGGAUCGUCACCCUUGAGAGAAUGUGUGAGAGAAUGGCUCUCUCCACCAUCCUAAUCAUGCCGGCUACUGACUGGAGUGAAACUAUACCGACAGUGGAAGGAAGAAAGAGUGUGAUGAAAUUAGGGGAAAGAAUGGUGAAAAUCUUCAGCGAAAUGUUGAUCAUGUCCGGGAAAAUUGAGUUCCCGCAGCAAUCGAAAGGCGGAGUCAGAAUCUUGAUCCGGAUGAACAUGAAACCCGGUCAAAUACCCGGUUUAGUUGCCAGUGCUGCAUCUUGUCUCUCAAUCCCUCUCACUCCUUUGCAAGUCUUCAACAGCCUGAGAAGCAACGACACUCGUCACCAGUGGGACGUUCUUUGUCAUGGAAACGCUAUCACUGAGACCGCUCGCAUUUUCACCGGAUCAAGUGGAACAAACUACAUCAACCUACUCCAGCCUACACCACCAUGGGAUAUUGGACAGAAUAUGGUACAAGAACCACACAAGACGAUGAUGGUGCUACAAGAGUGUUACAUGGACGCAUUAGGAGGCAUGAUAGUGUACUCUCCUCUCGACAUGGCUACAAUGAGUAUCGCUGCCUCUGGGGAAGUCGACCCUUUGAAUAUUCCAAUCCUUCCUUCUGGCUUCACCAUCUCAAGCGACAACAAUCGGGGAACUGUACUCAUGUUGGCUUUUCAGAUUCUUAUCUCUGAUGAAAAUAGUAAGACCAGAAAUGUGAGUGAGAAUACAGCAGACAAAGUGAGUAGAUUGAUUAGCCAAACUGUUCAAAGCAUCAAGGUCAUGCUCAAUUGUCCUCCUGAGUGAGAGAAUAUUCUCUAGAGGAUUCUCUUUUGUUUUAUUUAUGCUUUUGGUAGAGAUAUUUUUAUUUAUGCUGGAUUUUGGAUGAUUUGAUUGCUUAUGAUGAUUUUUCAAAGACAUGAUUUUUAUGUUUUUCUUUUAAAAUGUUUUUAUUGUUUGGGCCUUUUGGUUGGUUAUAACAAAUUUUCCAUAGAAAAUGUUUAAACUCAUAAAUCAAACAUUUUUUUGUACGAUUAACUCAAAAUUUUGAAACUAAAACACCAAAAAAUACUGACAGUAAUUUUGUAAAAUUUUCUAUUAAGUCAAAAUAAUUUAAGAAUGUUUUUCGGAGUAAUAAAACAAUAUGAAAGUAUUUAAAAAUGUAAGAAAAUGAAUACUAUUAAAACAGAAUCCUAUAAUUUUCAAGUUAUUUACAAGACAUUGCCAUUUUCUUAUUUAAUUUUUUUAAAAAUUAAAUUCACCCAAGUCAUUAAAACCAAUUAUAUUGCUACCAGUUUAAAAUCGGCUCCACUACUUAUAUUAUAGAUUUUGUUCCUAGCAAAUAGGUAAAUUUUAAUUUAAUGGUGAAUCACUGAUUCGCAUCUGAAUUGGUUAGUUUUUAAAACAUUAGAAAGCCUAAAUAUUAUAAGUUGGCAUCGCUGAAAAAUAUAGAAAAACUUAUAAGUGAAUUUUGCAACAAAAAAGAAUUUGGGGGAUCAAAAUUAAUAUUUUGCUCAUAUAUUGGUAAUCCAAAACAUAUAGAAAAACUAUUAAACAAAUUCACAAAACACAUGAUAUAAAUUUUAAAGUACAACUUUAUAUGUUAUAAAAAUAAAUAUUUUAAAAGAGACAACUGCGCGUUCUCAAACAACGAAUAAAUUAAAAAAAAAUACACAGUAGAAUUAUAAUUAAAAAAUCAUUUUUAAAAUUAUAUGAGGAUUAAUUUAUAAAUUUUAAAAUCAUUUUCAACAUAGAAUAAUAUUAUUUAAACAUAAAAAAUCAACAAAACUAUAUAUUUAUUACAUAAUGAAAUGUUAAAACAUAUUUUCUUAUAAUUAUGAAUUAGUUAUCAUUUUAAUAGAAAAAUAAAAGCGUAUGUCAAAAUCUAGUAAGGGAAAUACCCAAAGAUAUCACUAAAAAAAUUUUGGUCACAAAUUAAAGCGGUAAAAAUACGUUUAUACCCUUAGGGUUAACUAAUCCAAACUUUAGGGGGUUAGAGUUAAGGAGUGGGAUUUGGGAUUGAAAUUUAAAAUUUUAUAAAAUAAAAAAUAAAUAUUAAAAAUUUGAAAAAAAAUUUAAAAAUAGUUUCAAAAAGUAUUAUCGAAUUAAAAUAAGAAAAUUUGAAAAAAAAUUCGUAAAAAAAAAUUUCAAAAAAAAAUUUAGAAAA